AUGGAAGAGUUGAAUUUCGAGCAUACUUCUAUUUCUAUGUAUGGAAAACCGGUCAAUCUGCCUCGUCUUCAAUCGUGGUUCGCAGAAGAGGGAUUAGUCGUAAAGGAGCUAUUUCAGAAGCAGAAGCAACACAUUUGGACUGUCCCAAUGCGGAAGUUGAAAGCUCAACUGGAGAAGCAACUCGGCGUGAAAUUCGCUUAUUGUUUAGUUAAUUUAUACAGAAAUGGAAAUGACUAUAUCAAUUUUCAUGCUGACAACGAAGCAAAAGACAUCAUUGCUUCCAUUUCAUUGGGUGCCACACGCAAGUUUCUCGUACGACAUCUCAGCUAUUUCGGUAAAGAUCUUACACGAAAGAGAAAACCUUUGACGAUGCCCGAUAAGAAAGAGUAUGAGUUUUCGUUAAACAACGGAUCACUCAUCGUGAUGUUAGAUGGUACACAACAGUAUUGGAAACACUCGGUGCCGAAAGAGAAGAAGAUACUUCCAUUUGAUCAUGAAGAUGUACAACAACAAAAGUCUCUCAUGGAAACAAUGCGAAAAAAAACAGCUGAAAUUAAACAUCUACAAGAAAUAGCUGAUCAUUGUUUACAUCCUGUUGAAUAUCAUUAA